GGGGCGGCGGCGAGCGCGCGCCGGGGGCGGCAGGCAGGCGAGCGGGACUUUGUGUUCCACGGACCCUCCUUUGGUCGCAUCCUACUCCCGCGUCCUCGCCAGGAGCCCCCAACUUGGCGGGUCCGGCCUCAGAGAUGGAAGGGGCUCGCCCCUACAGCCCUGGAGGGACCCCGAGUGGACGACCGCGCGCAGCCUGACCUGCCGUCCUCGCCAAGAGGCCAUGGGCGCGUCCCCGCGGGCGGGCCGCGGACGUGAGGGCGGCGAGCAGCGGCGCCGCUGUGCUGAGGAAGGCCGUGCUUGUGCUCGGCCGCGCGCCGGCCGCGCGCGCGCGCUCCCGCCGCAGCGCCGGCCGCGCCCGCCCCGCCUCUCGGCUCUGGCCCCGGAGCCUGGUCCGCGACCGGCGGCGGCGGCCGGAGGGACGAUGAGCGGCGCGACACGGGCGGGCCCGGCCCGGCUCGCCGCGCUCGCGCUGCUGACCUGCAGCCUGUGGACGGCGCGGGCGGACAACGCCAGCCAGGAGUACUACACGGCGCUCAUCAACGUGACGGUGCAGGAGCCCGGCCGCGGCGCCCCGCUCACGUUCCGCAUCGACCGCGGGCGGUACGGGCUCGACUCGCCCAAGGCCGAGGUCCGCGGCCAGGUGCUGGCGCCGCUGCCCAUCCACGGAGUUGCCGAUCAUCUGGGCUGUGAUCCUCAAACGCGGUUCUUCGUCCCUCCGAACACCAAGCAGUGGAUUGCCUUGCUGCAGAGGGGGAACUGCACGUUUAAGGAGAAGAUAUCGCGGGCGGCCUUCCACAACGCCGCUGCGGUCGUCAUCUACAACAACAAGUCCAAGGAGGAGCCGGUCACCAUGACGCACCCAGGCACUGGAGAUAUUAUUGCUGUCAUGAUAACAGAACUGAGGGGUAAAGAUAUUUUGAGUUAUCUGGAGAAAAACAUCUCUGUACAAAUGACAAUAGCUGUUGGAGCUCGAAUGCCGCCAAAGAACUUCAGCCGAGGCUCUCUAGUCUUCGUGUCAAUAUCCUUCAUUGUUCUGAUGAUCAUUUCUUCGGCGUGGCUCAUAUUCUACUUCAUUCAGAAGAUCAGAUACACAAGUGCACGCGACAGGAACCAGCGUCGUCUUGGAGAUGCAGCUAAGAAGGCCAUCAGCAAGCUGACGACCAGAACAGUGAAGAAGGGCGAUAAGGAAACAGACCCGGACUUCGAUCACUGCGCCGUCUGCAUAGAGAGCUACAAGCAGAAUGAUGUGGUCCGGAUUCUCCCCUGCAAGCAUGUGUUCCACAAAUCCUGCGUGGAUCCCUGGCUUAGUGAACAUUGUACCUGUCCUAUGUGCAAACUUAAUAUUUUGAAGGCCCUGGGAAUUGUGCCAAAUUUGCCAUGCACUGAUAACGUCGCGUUUGAUAUGGAAAGACUCACCAGAACCCAGGCAGUUACCCGGAGACCAGCCCUAGGUGACCUCGCUGGCGACACCUCCCUUGGCCUCGAGCCACUGAGAACUUCGGGAACCUCGCCUCUUCCUCAGGACGGGGAGCUCACUCCCAGAACGGGAGAGAUCAACAUUGCCGUAACAAAAGAAUGGUUUAUUAUUGCCAGUUUUGGCCUCCUCAGUGCCCUCACACUCUGCUACAUGAUCAUCAGAGCCACAGCUAGCUUGAAUGCUAAUGAGGUAGAAUGGUUUUAAAGAAGAAACAGACAGCUUUCUGACUGGUUGCCUCGAAGGAAAAAAGAACCUAUUUUUGUGCUGCAUUUACCAAUCAUGCCACACAAGCAUUUAUUUUUAGUACAUUUUAUUUUUUCAUAAAAUUGCUAAUGCCAAAGCUUUGUAUUAAAAUAAAUAAAUAAUAAAAUGAAAA